AUGCAGCCCACAUAUUGGUACGCAGUGCUUCUGCUGCAACCUGUGCUGUACCUGGUCACCUGUGCAAAUUUAAGCAGUGGUGGCAAAUCAGAACUUCUAAAAGCAGGCAGUUCCAAAUCCAUACUAAAGCAUAUAUGGACAGAAAGCAGCAAAGACUUAUCAAUCAGCCGGCUGCUGUCACAGACUUUUCGCAGAAAAGAAAAUGAAACAGAUUUGAGUAUGCGGUAUGAUGCUCCUGAAACUUAUUCGGAGCAAGAUCUAUGGGAGUGGCUGAGGAACUCCACGGAUCUUCAAGAGCCUCGAUCCAGAGCCAAGCGACGGCCCAUUGUCAAGACUGGGAAAUUUAAGAAAAUGUUUGGCUGGGGCGAUUUUCAUUCCAAUAUCAAGACAGUCAAGCUAAACCUGUUGAUAACUGGGAAAAUAGUUGAUCAUGGAAACGGGACUUUCAGUGUUUACUUUAGGCAUAAUUCAACUGGCCAAGGGAAUGUAUCAGUGAGCUUGGUGCCCCCAACCAAAAUAGUAGAAUUUGACUUGGCACAACAAACAGUGAUUGAUGCCAAAGAUUCCAAGUCCUUCAACUGCCGUAUUGAGUAUGAAAAGGUUGACAAAGCCACCAAGAACACGCUCUGCAACUAUGAUCCUUCUAAAACAUGUUACCAGGAGCAAACCCAAAGUCACGUCUCAUGGCUCUGCUCCAAGCCCUUUAAAGUAAUCUGUAUUUACAUUUCCUUUUAUAGUACAGAUUAUAAACUAGUACAGAAAGUAUGCCCAGAUUACAACUACCAUAGCGACACGCCAUACUUCCCUUCGGGUUGA